AAAUGUUUCUUCUCCUAACCAUUUCAAGAAAGACAAUACUUACCCAAAAAAGCUUUAACUGUUAAAUCUCGUUCUCCGGUGAAAGCAAGAUUGAGAGCUGAAAAAAGAAGAAGACGAGAUAUGAAAGAGGAAAGAUUCAAGAAGAACCUAUACGCAGUCAUUUUUUCUUUCUUCUUCCUCUGUUCCACGUCGGACUUGCUCCUCCCACGUUCGCCGUUAGCGAUUCUCACCGGCGGAAGGUGGGAUCUCCUGCAGCCGAGUAUAGGCAUCUCGGCCAUGCACAUGCAACUCCUCCACAACAACAAAGUCGCCAUCUUCGACCGUACCGACUAUGGCCCUUCGAACCUCUCCCUCCCUUCUCAAACUUGCCGAAACGCCACCGUUUUCGACUGCUCUGCUCAUUCUCUCCUAUACGACGUCGCUUCAAACACAUUUCGUCCACUCACUCUCCAAUCCGACACGUGGUGCUCUUCCGGCUCAUUGAACGCAUCAGGCUCUUUGAUCCAAACCGGCGGUUACGGCGUCGGCGAAAGAGCUAUACGGAUAUUCACACCUUGCGAAGGCGUUUCUUGUGAUUGGGUUGAGAACAGAGCGUAUCUCUCCUCUCGCCGGUGGUAUUCCACCAAUCAGAUUCUUCCCGACGGUCGGAUCAUCAUCGUCGGCGGAAGAAGAGCCUUCACCUACGAGUUUUACCCCAAGAAUCCCGGAAAAUCAGUUUUCUACCUCAGAUUCUUGGCGGAGACGAGAGAUCCUAACGAAGAGAACAAUCUUUAUCCGUUUCUUCAUCUUCUUCCCGACGGCAACCUAUUCAUCUUCGCUAACCGGAGAUCGAUCCUGUUCGAUUUCGUCAAUCACCGAAUCGUCAAAGAGUUUCCGGAGAUUCCCGGCGGCGAUAAACGGAAUUACCCCAGCACCGGCUCCUCCGUGCUCCUCCCUCUCUUUCUCACCGGAGAAAACAACCGAUCGAAGGUAUCGGCGGAAGUUCUGGUUUGCGGCGGUGCUCCUCCCGGAGCGUUUCUAAAGGCGGCGAGGACGAUCCCUAAAAUCUUCGUCGGAGCGUCUCGCACGUGCGGGAGGUUGAAAGUGACCGACUCGAAUCCGAUAUGGGUCAUGGAGCAGAUGCCGUCGCCACGUGUCAUGCCUGAUAUGCUGUUAUUACCGAACGGUGACGUUUUGAUCAUUAACGGCGCGGCGAAUGGAACCGCUGGCUGGGAAGACGCUACAAACGCUGUUCUCAACCCGAUUUUAUACUUACCCAACGAACCCGACCCGACCCGGAGAUUUGAAAUUCUCGCGCCAACUCGAAUCCCUAGGAUGUACCAUUCGGCGUCUCUCCUCCUCUCCGACGGCAGAGUUUUGAUCGGAGGAAGCAAUCCUCACCGGAAUUACAAUUUCACGGCGAGACAGUACCCGACGGAGCUCAGUCUCGAGGCCUAUCUCCCGCGUUACCUCGAUCCGCAGUACGCGCGAGUGAGGCCAUCAGUUCUCACGGUGGAGCUCGCCGGCAAUAUGAUGUACGGAAAGUCAUUUUCAGUUAGGUUCGUGAUUCCGGCGUUUGGAAUGUUUGACGGAGGAGUGUCGGUGCGGCUCGUGGCUCCGCCGUUCAGCACGCACUCGACGGCGAUGAACCAGAGGUUGCUGGUCUUGCGCGUGAGGCGCGUCGCUCAGUUAUCUGCUUUCGCGUACAAAGCUGACGUGGAUUGCCCAACGAACUCCUACGUGGCACCACCUGGGUAUUAUAUGAUGUUCGUGGUUCACCGUGGAAUUCCGAGCGAGGCUGUUUGGGUUAAACUUUGAAGCUGUUCUUCUUUUUACCGUGGACUUUGCGUUUGACUCCUUGUUUUUGACAUAUUCAUUUUUUGAAAAAUGUUGUAAAACAUUUUGUUUUGGUGAAAGUAAGAGUUAA